CUCAGGCUUUCCCACCGCUGCACUAGCUGCAGUUUUGUCAUGGAAACAAAUUACUGCUAUAAUUACAAAUGCAGGCUGGGUAAAAAUUCAGUAAUAACUUUCGAAGAUUGCUGAGGCGAGGUUGUUUUUGCUAGGAUGCAAAGUGCUAAAAGCUUUUCGCUUUCGAAGCUGCGGAAUAAAUGGUUGCCAUGACGAAUCGUAGCUACUCCAGCUCAGAUCUGGGUGUGUCAGAUAGAGACUUCUCCCCUCGUCUACAUCACCUUUAUUCCCCGCUCUCAAACUACUCCAAUAUUUCCCAUGAUGCCUCAUACUCUGGAAGUCACAAUGGUGGGUUCCAUGAUCUCCCAGUCUCGGAGCACGAAUUCGCCUCACCGCGACACGAUGUCAGUUCUGUAGGACAACAGGAUCAUAAAUCUAGUGACUAUGAUGACUAUUCUCACAUUCACUUUCCAAGUAGAAAAGCAAGGGGUAGUGCUCCAGAUCCCCCUCUCAGGACAAGUAGUGUGAUGUCCUUCAACUCUGACUACAUGCAAAGGUCAUACCCUUGCAACAACCAACAGUAUUACAGCCAUCGCAGCAAUAGUAAUCAACACAAUUAUAGCCAAACCAGAAGGAAAACAUGGACUCCUUCUCAAAUAAAGAAAGAAAUGACAGGAGGACAUCAAGUGAAUCUGACCAAUGGUCAUCUGGUGCCUGAAGGUCAUGAGGUCAGGAGGUCAGAGGACAAUGAGGUUGGACCCCCAAAGCUGGCCCCUUUCAGUGGAAUGCUAUCAAAAUCUCCUGCAAAGGGCAUAAUUCGACCAAUCGCCUUCAAGCCAGUGGUCAUUUCCAAUCACAACUAUGUAAAUACUCGUCACUUUGACCCAAAGACUCCACAACAGGACGAUGGCUAUUAUGGGUCACAGGACUACCCGAUGACCAAUCAGAAUGUAGCAGACAUGUCACAUGGAUCUGUGCAUUUUGACAGUGAUAGGUCGACAAAUUACUCUAGUGAUAGUCAAAAACUGUACACGCCUGAGAGACCUGAAUCCACCCGUUCAUCCUGUAUUAGUCAUGCUUCAUCACUAAGGAUGGAGGGGUAUAUACAAACCCCCUCACCAAGUGAUUCGGGGGUGGGCGAACUUGAAGCCAUGCUGAAAGAAAAAGAUGCUGAGAUCAAUACACUAAGAGAUGUCAUGGAUAAAAAUGAACGUGCCAUAUUCCAGGUCUAUGAAGAGAAAAAGAAUUCAUGGAGUCAGGAAAUAAAAGAGGUGAGGGAUGAAUAUGAGAAGAAAUUAAAACUAGAACAAAGGAAAGCCUACAAAACGGAACAAACUCUUUCUCUUCAAGUUUACAAAUUACAGCAGGAGAAAAAGACACUGACUGAGAAACUGGAAGAAAUGCAUGUACAAUACAAAAAACUACAGCAAAAAUGUGACUCUUACGAAAAAGAGAAUGACAGUUUACGAUCGGAGGUGGUCAAUGUUUCGCUGCAAGGGGACAGAACUGCUGAAGACAUGGAAGAUCUUCAGCACCAGGUGGAAAUUCUCAACCAAAGUCUGUCGGAAAAAUCCAUAGAAAUUUCUGAGCUGGAGUCAAAAUUAUGUAGAAUUGAGUCAGAAAAUCAAAAGAAAGACCACGAAUUAAGUGAACGGUUUAGAGAAAUAGUGGCCAAAACAGACGAAUUGAAAUCCUUACGUGCUAACCUCCGUCGUGUGUCCAAUAAUAAUGUGAUGGAUAUACUCGAUUGUAGCUUUAAUCAAAGUGGGGAGGAGUUCUCUGCCCCUGAUUUGAGUGAGAGGACCUCUCCAUUGACUAGCAGUAGGCUGACCUCCCCAGUGAAUCAAAGACUACCAAACGCAUCCCCCCUUAAUCUCAGCAACAAAUCAACGUCUUCUCUGAGCAGUGAAUCAGACAAGGACAAGACAAUUUCACAUCUCCAGAAAGAACUGGAGGAAUUAAAGGAGGGUCUAAUGGGGAAAAACGAGUUGUUUGAGAAAGAAAAAGAACAAUGGUUAGAUGAGAAAAAUAAAGUGAUUCGUUAUCAAAAACAACUGCAGCUGAACUAUGUGCAAAUGUACAAUAAGAACAAAAUGCUUGAAGCUGAAGUGGAGCAACUGACUUUGGAGCUCGAAAGUCGCGACAUGAAACUCAUGGCAAUAAAUGGGGAGGACUCAAUGUGUUAACAACUUCACUGUGGGAAAUUCUAUAGUUGUUUGCAAGUGUGCAACUGACUUGUGAAAUCUGACUGUUUCGUAGAAGCUUCACUCAGAGGAGGAAAAAAAAAUGUGUUCUUUUGUAUUGUGCUAGCGUAUUAUUUGGGACUGUUGUGUUAUUGAACAUUACAGUACCAUGGUGUCUAAAAAAAAUCAAUUGCAUUAGACCAUAUUUUGUGAUAGGAUAAUGUUCUUGAAGUGUGCAUCAAUUUUUCUGCAGACGGAAUUGAGUCAUACUGAUUUUGGAAUCCUUCCAAAAUGUCAAGAGAUUAUGAGAAAAGCUAUCUUUAAUUAAUGUUUGCCAGCUUCUUUCAAAGUGGUGCUGACAAUUUUCUUUUUAGCUAUUUAUGUCACAAUGAAAUACAUACAUAUUUUCUACAAACCUGUGGUUUGGGUAAAAAAAAUGGAGUGAAAUCCUUGAUCAUUUAGAUGAAAAGCUCAAGGCUGAUUUUUACCAAAAAAAGAUUUGGUAAAGUGAUAUAUGGUUAUUUAAUUCAAAAGUUAGAUAUGACUCAACUAUACACAGGAGAAAAUGUGCCAAAAAGAGUUUAAUAAACAAACAAAAGAAAUCCAUCUAUUUUGUCUUAACAAAGACAUCAAUUGCAUAAGACAGUCUCUUUUCUUUUAAAUCCCAUGUUUUUAGUAACGCAAAAUACUGACAAUUAAGUAAGAGUUAUAAUUAGAUACGUGCUGAUGUAAGACAUAAAAAAACUUUAUUUACAUAUGUCUAAUGGAAAGGUAAAAUCUUUUUUGGAAUAUUUGUCCAAAAAAGAAGGAUGAGACUGGUUUUUCCUAAUCAAAAUAAUAAAUUGAAGUCAUGCAUUAGUUAUACAAAUUUAACCAAACAUUACCCUUUCCUCUACAAUGGAGUGCCUAUAGAGGGUAUAUAUUUUCUUGAUAACAAUAUUUUUGCAGAUGUAUCAAGAUAUGUUUGAUCUACAAAGAGAUACAUUUUUUUAUGAACAUGUGUACUCCAUGUAAUUUUGAUUUGAGAUGACUGUAUAUGCUAAUUAAAAUGUAUUUGGAGGCAUCUCCAAAACCACAAGUAAAGGAGGUCUACUUUCUAGUCAUUUAUUUCUUUGUUGUUACAUGUACAGAAAUACUGUCAUAUUAAAGCAAAAGUUAAUAUA